AUGGCCACCUCUUACAAAUGCACCGACGAGGGUGGAUUUAAAACCCCUAAUCGUGGCCGGAUCAGGAGCUCUGGAAGCAGCAGCAGUGGUGGUGCUGGUACCCCCAUCACCAUCCCUGCCUCACCUUUCAUGAAGAAGUUGGGAUGUGGAACUGGAGUCAACGUUUACCUCAUGAACAGAGUGGGAAAGCUGAAUGCGUCACCCUGGGCUGUGAAGAAGAUCAACAGUAAAUGUGCUUCAGCACAGUCAGCUGUUUACCAGAAGCGCCUCAACGAGGAGGCAAAGAUCCUGAAGGGCAUUGAUCACCCGAACGUUGUUGGUUUCCGUGCCUUCACUACAGCCAAAGACGGCUCCAAGUGUUUGGCCAUGGAGUACGGAGGGGAGCAGUCCCUCAACGACCUGAUCGAGAAAAGGAGGGAGGCUGGGCUGGAAGCUUUCCCUGCUGCCGUCGUGGAGAAGGUGGCUCGGCACGUGGCUCUUGGCCUCAAGUAUCUUCACAACGAGAAGAAGCUGCUGCACGGAGACAUGAAGUCGUGUAACGUGGUCAUCAGAGGUAACUUCGAGACGGUGAAGAUCUGUGACGUCGGAGUUUCUCUGCAGCUCGACGAGAACAUGAGAGUGUCUGACCCAAAAGCAGAGUACAUCGGCACCGAGCCGUGGAAACCUAAAGAAGCUCUGGAGGAGGGAGAGAUCACGGACAAGGCGGACAUCUUUGCCUUCGGCCUGACUCUGUGGGAGAUGAUGACUCUGGCCAUGCCUCACAUGGAGAUGCUGGAGGACGAGGAAGACGAAGAUGACUCGACGGAGGUGAGCUUCGAUGAAGACGCCUACUACGAGCGCUUGGGGACGAGGCCGCCUCUGGAUGUGGAGGCUCUCGGCGCCUCCUACCGCAGAAUGGUGGAGCUCUUCUGCCUCUGCACGGAAGAAGACCCCAAGAAGAGACCCUCAGCUGCCCAGAUCGUCCAGGCCUUGGAGGACAACGCCCCGUGGGACGGAGCGCAGAGCGGGGGAUUAUCGCUGGAUUAG